AUGAUGUCAAAUGGCAUCACUUCGUUAGCACAAUAUAAGGAGGAGAAACGAAAAGAGAUCAGCGAAAGGAAGGAUCAAGUAUAUUUGGAGAUCGAAGCGGUCAAUAAAGAAUACACAGCCGAAAAGUUCAUCGACCAAACGCCAGAGUAUUUCUCAGGAACCGACACAGAGAUACCCCGUUGGAAGAGACUGCUGAUGGCACAGAAAAUUGCCAAAGAAGCGAUUAAAAAACGCGAAGAUGAAUUAUGGGACGAAUUUGCCAAAUGGAAAGAGCAAGUUUCGCCUAGCUUCAGGCUUCCACCAAAAUGA